CUCCUCCUCCCGCUCAGUGGCUGCUGCGAGCUGUCAGGGAGCGCACUAUAAAGACCAAAGAGACGGACCCGGGAAGAGCUUAUUAGGCUGUUGGUCGCCUACUGGACAACUACAGGAGCGUGAAACCUAUUACCAAUGAUUUGAUAUACAAUUGCCAUAAGCGGAUUUAACAAGAUUCUCUUCUAAAGGAUAGUCCUCGGGGUUUUCAAAGAGUGGAGUAUUUUUGGGAAAGUUUAGCGACACGAGGGACCUUGGGAUGCUGGCUGUGGCUGUGUCUGUGCUAUGCGUCCUGAGCUGUGCGUGGCUGCACACCUCGGCGGCCUCCCGGCUCAAGUCCCCCGCGCUGCCCAUCCAGUCCGAGAGAGAGCCGCUCCCCUCCAAGGGCUUAUCAGGAUGCUCAUUUGGAGGCCGCUUUUAUUCCCUGGAAGACACAUGGCACCCAGACUUGGGCGAACCGUUCGGCGUCAUGCACUGUGUUCAAUGCAACUGUGAACCUCAAAAGAGCCGAAGAGGGAAAGUAUUUGGAAAGGUGAAUUGCAAAAACAUCAAGCAGGACUGUCCGAAUCCAGAGUGCGAAGACCCUGUUCUUCUACCAGGACACUGUUGUAAAACCUGCCCAAAAGUUACUCAUGACAAGAAACAUACCGAUCCGCUGGUGGAUACCUUUGAGUAUUUCCACGAAAAGGGGAAAGAGAAAGAAGACGACUUGCACAAAUCCUACAAUGAUAGAUCCUACCUCAGCUCAGAUGAUAUGGGGCCCGGAGAGAGCCGUACCGAUUUUGUGGCUCUGUUGACAGGAAUAAAAGACUCGUGGUUGCCGAGCUCCAGCGGUGUGGCCAGGGCUCGCUUCACUUUAACCAGGAACAGUUUGGCUUUCUCCAUCACAUACCAAAGAAUGGGGCGCCCAGCUAAAAUCGUCUUCGUGAGUGUUGAUGGGACAACUGCCUUCGAAUAUAAAGUGCCGAAGGGAAACUCAGACAUGAUUUGUGGAGUGUGGAAGAACAUCGCUAAGCCCCUUCUACGACAGCUGCAGUCCGAACAAAUGCGGAUUACCAUGACGACGGCCAGCACUAGACGCGACGAAGUGGAGGGCAAGAUUAUCAAACACAGAGCACUGUUUGCUGAAACCUUUAGCACCAUUCUUACUUCAGAAGAAGAAAACUCAGGUAUGGGAGGCAUUGCCAUGUUGACCCUGAGUGACACAGAGAACAACCUCCACUUCAUUCUCAUCCUACAAGGCCUCAUUAAGCACAAAGGAAAGGAGCCGCUUGUGGUCCCCAUCAAAGUCCAGAUGGUCUAUCGUCAGCAUGUCCUCAGAGAGAUCCGAGCCAACAUCACUUCACAUGAUCCGGAUUUUGCAGAGGUGCUAACAGACCUGAACAGCCGUGAGCUUUUUUGGCUGUCAAGGGGUCAACUUGCCAUCGCCGUGACAACCGAGGGUCACGAUCCCAAACAGGUUUCUGGCUUCAUCACCGGGCGAAAAUCAUGUGACACUAUUCAAAGCGUUAUGUCCAGUGAUGAUGCUCUCAUGCCAGGGAAAACUGGAGGAGUUGGUUCAGCCAUUUUUAAGCUACAUGACAACGGGACAUUAGACUAUCAGGUCCAGGUUGCAGGUCUCACUAGCAACGUCCUCGGCCUUACAAUUGAGCAGAAACCACGGCGGCGUAACAAGCGCUCGGUGCUUUACGAUCUGACCCCUGAGUAUAAUGGAGUGACCGGACAGGCCAUGGGCAGCUGGAGCAGACUGGAGGCUCGGCACAUCCACAUGCUUUUGCAGAACGAGCUGUUUAUCAAUGUGGCCACGGCUCACAACCAGGACGGAGAGCUCAGGGGUCAGAUCAAGGCUUUGUACUACAGCGGACUGGAUGCACCUAGACAUGAAUUACCUACUCCUCUGGCUGGCUUCUUUGUGUCUCCCCCUGUGAGGACUGGAGCCUCGGGACAUGCCUGGGUGUCUGUGGAUCAGAGCUGCCAUCUUCAUUAUGAGAUCGUUGUGGCUGGUCUGAACAAGGCCGACGAUGUGACGGUGAACGCCCACCUACACGGACUUGCCGAGAUCGGAGAGUUAGACGAUAGCAGCACCACUCAUAAGAGACUGCUCACUGGAUUCUAUGGCUCACAGGCUCAUGGUGUUUUGAAAGACAUCAGCUCUGAAUUAUUACAACAUCUGGACCAAGGAACUGCAUUUAUCCAAGUCAGUACUAAGAUGAACCCAAGAGGAGAGAUCCGAGGACGGGUCCAUGUUCCAAACAGCUGUGAAUUGGGCCACAGGGGGGACACAGAGGAUACCGAGGCGGAGGAGGUUUUGCCCAGGGACCCCGAGGAGCUGAAGAAAGACCCCCAGACGUGUUUUUUUGAGAACCAACACCAUGCUCACGGCUCACGAUGGACCCCCAACUACGACAAGUGCUUCACCUGCAGCUGCCAAAAGAAAACUGUCAUCUGUGACCCAGUCAUCUGCCCCACUCUGACCUGCCCCAAGACUGUGCAACCGGAGGGCAAGUGCUGUCCUGUGUGUGAUGACAGGAGAGAGCCCAAAGACAUGAAGGCCACAGAGAAAGCUACUGAAAACCCUGAAGGCUGUUACUUUGAAGGAGACCAGAAAAUGCACGCACCAGGAACCACAUGGCACCCAUUCGUACCUCCUUUUGGUUAUAUCAAAUGUGCAAUCUGUACUUGCAAGGGUUCAACUGGCGAGGUCCACUGUGAGAAGGUGACAUGCCCCGCCCUGACCUGUAGCCAUCCCGUUCGCCGAAACCCAUCCGACUGCUGUAAGGAGUGUCCCGAGGAGGAGAAGACAUCCCCCGGUCUGGAGCACACCGAGAUGAUGCAGGCUGACGGGCCGCGCCACUGCAAAUUUGGCAAAAAUUACUACCAAAACAGCGACAACUGGCACCCAUGGGUCCCUCUGGUGGGAGAGAUGAAGUGCAUCAACUGCUGGUGUGACCAUGGCGUCACAAAAUGCCAAAGAAAGCAAUGCCCAAUUUUGACCUGCACGAACAUCACCCGAAAAGAGGGAGCUUGUUGUCCCGAAUGCACUGAUUCCAUAGAAGAUGACGAAAUUGUAAUGAAAACUCCAGACAAGCGGCGGAGCUGGAGACACUGACCACUCGGGAUGCUACUUAAAAAUCCCAAAAAAGGACUAAAUUAUAGACUUGAUUUUAACAAGGAUCUACACUUGGAGAUGCAUCACUGUGGAUCUUAACUUUUAACUCCUUCCUUCCACCGUUUGCCCACCCGAAACCAGCUGCAGGAUUGUAUGGAUAAAGCAGAGAACUUGGGACUGUCCAGAGACUUGUGUAGCGGAAUAGACACCGCUACAAAUGGGACCAACCGUGAUGCUAACUCUGCUAUCUUUGGUUCUUGGUCCCAAAUCGUUGACAGAGCUUCCUGUUGAAGUGCAGCAAUGGCUUAAAAGCAACUUGUGAAAAUGUAUGAAUGUGUGUGCGUAAGCUUAAAGUAUUAGGAGUAAUAAACCAAAAAUAGUUUGUAAAGUUGGACAUUUUGUAAAGUAAAAGUGUUAAAACAUGUAUUCAUAGACCAGUGUCAAGGCAGAGAUCUUAAAAUUUAACAAAAGUGCGUCUCCCGCUGCUUCUCUGCAUAAAUUGUCCCUAUUUUGUUGCCUUGUGUCUGUAUUGGAUUAAGUAAUAUUUUUUAUCAGUUUCUAUUGUUUGUUAAGACUAUGGAGCGGAAUUGUACUUUGUAUUUAUUGAAAGCUGUGGAGACAAAAUUAAAAUCUGU